AUGUGGCGACGCUGGGUGCUGGUGUUUCUCGCAGCGGCCGUGUGGCUGGCGUGCAGCUGCUGGUGGGUGUGGCGCAGCGCGGCAGAAGGCAGGCACAGAGACACGGACAGGGGGUGGUCGCCAGCAGCGGCCAGGGGGCGGCCCGCGCUCCCCGCCGUGCCGCAGCCCAUGCUGGAGUUGUACCACAGCCACCUCAGGCACCGGCCGCACCCGCCCCCGCCGGCGGAGCUCAUCCGCGGGCUCAGGCCCACGGUGCAAGGCUGGGCGCCGGGCCGCGCCUUGUUGGAGUUCCGGCUGCCUGUCACGGAAGCGGGCGAGCGGCUGACGGCGGCCGAGCUCCAUCUGCACGCCAGACUUGCAGGCGGUUCACCAGGGGUGGUCGCAAUGGUGGCGUGGUCGGGGCCACGUCGCUUGGACGGCGGCCUGCGGUCCGUGGGUUCGCGCCCCGCCUGGCUCGCUCCACUCAACGUGACUGCGGCGCUGCCAGGCCGCGGCUCUGUGACGUCACUCGCUAUCAACGUCACGCUGCACGGCCCUCUGCGCCUCGGCGAGGCGCCGCUACUUCUGCUGCAGUACGAGCCACCACACAGGACCCCAACUGACCUUAAGGUGGGCGGCGGUCGUGGGUCUCCACGCAGAAGGCGGCAGGUGGAGGCGGAGGACUACGAGGAAGAGACGAACCGCGUCUGGAGCAGGGACAGUGGGGGCGGCGGGGGCGGAGAGCUGCAGCUCCAGGUGAAGGCCAGGUCGGGCCGGCGGGCGCGCGGCAACUGCCGCAGGAAGCCGCUCUACGUCGACUUCUCAGAGAUCAACUACGACACCUGGAUAGUCGCCCCCACUGGAUACGAGGCGUUCCAGUGCGCGGGUCGGUGCUCGUGGCCGCUGCCGGAGCACCUGUCGCCCACCAAGCACGCGCUGGUGCAGGCGCUGCUGCACACGUUCCGGCCAGGGCUGGCCCCGCGCGCCUGCUGCGUGCCCACGCGCCUCCUGCCCAUCUCCGUGCUCUACAUGGAGCCCACUGGCGUCGUCACCUACCACUACAGCUACCACGACAUGGUGGUCGCAGAGUGUGGCUGCCGCUGA